AUGCUGACAGAAUUUGCGGUUGGAGAAAAAGAAAACAACGAUUUUCACGAGUUUUUGUCCCAUUCAGUUUUCACUAAUAAGUGAAAAGAGUAUAUUUAUGGCUUUUUAGGACAAAUUUUCAAGGAAAAAUACAAUCAUAAAACGAAGUGGCAAGCCCAACUAUUUUUUGAAAUUUUGGUUAAUUUGAUACUGACGCUCCAGCUUACAGCGUUAACAUGGUUCCCCAACAUGAACCCAUCUGGCUGAGACUCAUUUGUAGGGUUUUGGCAAGGCAUCGCAUUUGCUAGCUAUGAUGAAUUUUGCGUUGACUAUGCGGUUAUGGAUUUUUGCUUUUUUGGGACAGUUUCCCUAAUCGGAGCUUGUUUAGCAUCUUUUAGUGUUUUUGGGCUUUAUAUUUAUUUAGGUAAAGACAUUCCAGCAAUUGUUUCAAUUUUACCUAGAAAAAUAGCAAUGCUACUAAUUAUGGAAAAAUCAAAAAAUUAUUUUUAUUUUUUUUAAUUUUUUUUUGUUGAUAUUUUUCUUUAAUGCUACUAACAUCGAUAUGUAUAAUUCCAAGCACACUGAUACUUCUUCUUAUAAUAAAAUAUUCUUCCAUCGAUGAAACUAUUAUUGAAGAAUACUCUGACUCUGUUUCCUCUAAAAUCUGCAAUUACGGAUCGGCUGGAAUUGUUGCUGCAGUCCUUUGUCUUCUAAUUUUGAUUUUUAUAAAUUAUUUCAGUGAAUGUUUCUGCUGCGAUAUGAAGCACUCUCAUUCAAAAACAAAUAUAAAAGCCAGAUCUUGUGCAGAAAAUGACUUAAAUAGAAGAUGAUACUAUAUAUUGGCAUGCAUAUAGCACAGAAUCCCUUUUAACCGCCCUAGGCUGCAGCUAAAAGUUCAACUCGGGAAGUUAGCUCGAAACCAAAACUUGCCAAACUAGCCUAUAGGCACACUUUACAAACUUGUGGAGUUGGCUUGGCAACUGUUGGCUAUGAACUAGCCAGAUGAGUUGACCUAAAUUUGGCAGUCCAAAGCGAGCAAUAAGCCUUUCAGGCUAUAUUAUACUUUACAUUUAGUGGAAACUAUACAAUUUAUUACCAAAUUAUUGGGUUUUGCUACACAUCCUAUCUUUAUUACCGUUGCAUCAUUUCAGCACAAUAUUAUAAUCCUAUUGAAAAUUCAAUUCAAGGCUUCAAAAUGGGUGGGUGCAGGUCAAAUGACUUUGCCUUUUUGAUAGUGUCCAUUUCACCGUAGUACUUUUGGUCGAAAAUUUUUAAAUAGUGUAUCCAUUUGGCCGAAAUUUGAUGGUUUUUUCGAUCAAAUGUCUCACUGUCAAAAAUGAUUCGAACAAAAUUUCCCCUAUGAGAUGUCUCACUAUCAAAUUUCCGCAGUCAUUUGACAUGGAGCCAAAAUGGGCACAAUUGCAUCAACCUAUUUAAUUUUUUUAUUUGGGCAAAUACUUGACGAUGCCUUAACAGUAGUCGUUUUUAUGAUUUUUAUGCAGCCUGCGCUCAUGUUUAUAACUGUGAAAAUUGUAUAUAAAGUAUACGGAAACUUAAAAAAUUCUUGCGAGUUCCCAAAAAAUCAGUUUGAAUUUGAGAGGAAAUAUCGACAUUUGCUGACUGACCCUGACCUUGAUAAUAAAAAUGAGGUAAUUUGCCUAUUUAAAGGAUUUUGGAAGCCUGGAUCAUUUUAUAAAAAUAAGCUUUUUGUUAUAUGAGAAUUUAAUUUUUGCUUUUUUGUUAUGCAUGACGAAAGACUGGCAAGAAUAAAAUUAUCAAAAAUCGCCUAUGCACAAUCCACAUUUGAAGGAGAUGUCCAAGAAUGGAAACUAUUUAAUUGAUUUAUCAAGCAAAAUAACAUAGAAUCAUCAGAAACCAGUUAUUUAGACUAUUUAAAAGAAUUCAGCAGAAUCAGAAGCCAAGAUGAAGAACUUUGCUUUAUUCUCGCAGAGCUUCAAGCUGAAUUUUCAUCUCGAACACCCAGGGUAGAAAAAUUGAUCAAUUUAGUAAAUAGGUCAGCAAAUCAUAUAGCACAUGUAGGUGACGGCUACAAAAAUUUGGCGGAAAAGCACAAAAGCGUCGAAGUCCUUGAAAUUUAUGCAUCAUUCUUAGAAAAUAUUAUAAAUAAUCAUGAUUAGAAGGGUUAUUUCAGUCCCUAUCCGUCCCAUGGACAGCUUCAAGUUGGUGCUAAGCGCUAUCCUCAUACCAUUUUUUGCUUCUGUCGUCGCCAAAAUGGUGACGUAGAAGGUAUAUGGGGAGACAACUCUACCAAUCGGUACUGCCUUUCUUGAUCCCAACAAUCAGCUGAAAGGCUCCCUUAACCUCUGACAGGGCUCGAGUAUAUGGGUGAAUCGCCUUGCCUACUCCAUGGCCUAUCAGAGCCAUAUCACAAGCUCGAGAUUGCUCGCAUGGAGUAGCGUAGGACUUUGCGCGGUAGGGUCAUCUUAGGUAAGGAAAAAAACCUAGGUCAGCCCCUAUGCCAAAAAUUCACCCGGAGCAUUAUCUCCAUGUGUCUCGCCUUUUCUGGGCCUGAAUCAACUCACGGUUCACCAGGAUUCCACGUCAGAUCACGCUAUUUUAAUAAUUCUAAAUAAUCAUGAAGAGUCCAACAUUAUCAUAAGAAAGAAAAACGGGAUUAAUUAUUAUAAUCAGCAUACUGAUAUAAAUAAUCUUGAAAGCUAUGGAAAAGAGCUCGCCACUAUCCUCGUCUCCUUAUCAGAACAUUCAUUUGGGACUAUUGUCUAUUUAAAUGAAAAAGCUGCCCAGCUCUUAAAAGCCCCUAUCGGGAGUAUUCUGGGGUCAACAAUUUUAAAUUACAUUCCUCAGCCUUAUGAUAGUAUUCACGAAAAACUUAUGAGAGAGUUUGCAUUUGAAUGCAAUUCAAUAGAGCUUCAUUCUCACUCAAAACUUUUUUUCCAAAAUCAUGCAGGAUUUCUUGUGGAAUGCGAUUUUCUUAUAAAACUGACUGCGUUUCACAAUUCUGCUUACUUUUUGAUUUCAUUUAAGUUAAAACCUACAGUUAGAGAGCUUGCCUUAAUUUCUGAAGAAAACGUUAUCAUUGCCCACACAGAGACGUUUUCUUAUUAUGUAGGCUCUGAUGAAAAAUGUUUAAAAAAUAAGCGGCUGUCAGACUUAAUCCCGAUUUUGAACAUAAAUAACAUGAAAGAAUUUGAGCCAUGGAGGAUUCCGUUUAAUGGCUCUGAGCUAGUUUUUGUACAUAUAAAGAAAAAAAUCACCUCUACAGUAGUCCAUACACUUGUGGUGAUUCAUGACUAUAGAGAAAUUAAAAACUGAAAGGAAGGAAGAGGCCAAGACCAAGUUUCACAAAUUCUCCCAUUAAAGAAAAAUGACAAAGAUUCGUCAGAAAACCGGCGAAAAUCAAUACAGUUAUUAAAAGUCAAUUUUAAUGAAUUAAAUUUUACAUUAACAGCAAAAUCAUUAGACAAAGUGGACGCAGACAUCUCAACUCACCAAGAUGCUGACGAGCAAUCCCUCUUGAAAACCCAUCAUGAAAUUGUGUCAAAUUCCGAUAACAACUCACGCGUUUCUUCUUCAACAAGAACUGCUAAAUAUAAAGUCCCAAACUAUGCCAAAAGUUUACUAUUGCAAUGCAAAAAGAAAAUCAGGGUCCUCCAAAUAGUCUUAUUUAUUGUCGUAAAAAAUUAUUUAGAUGUCGUCAGUUAUUGUGACUGUUCUUGCUAUUAUAGGGUAUAUGAAAACCGAUGUAUCAUAUACAAGUAAAUUAAGCACGCUUAGUAGGUUUAACCAAAUUUUAUAUGAUAUUAAUUCUAUAGCAGAUGCAGCAAAAAAUCUGCAUAUGGGCGUGCUAGGAAAUGCCUCGGAUAUAGAAAUUCUAGGGGAUACUGAAAAAUUAGAAAAAAUCGUCGAAGAUCUGACAAUAAUGCAGAAUUCAAUGCUGAAAGAUUUUGACCAGUGAAGUUAUUGCAAAUGCACAGAAAUAAUCACCAAAAAUGAAGUUCCAAUGUGGCAUUUUAAUGGAAAUACGCCAGAAAUCGGCUAUGAAAACUUGUAUGACGCUGUUUCCGGACUUAUUUUGAAUGUAAAUUCUAUUCAGGCUCAAAAAAUGAAAAUCGCAAUUGUUGCAAGCCAAGAAUUCUCUUCAAAUGCAAAAUUUGUAUCAUUAUUUGCAGAUUUUUGAACUUUACCACCUAAGUGUGGAAUUUUUUCCGCGUGUGAAAAGGUAUUUUUCACGUGUGGAGCCCUUUUGAUUUCACAUGUGGAAUCCUCUUUUCACAUGCGGAAAAAAGUUCCACACUUAGGUGGUAAAGUUCAAAAAUCUGCAAACAACGAUAUUUGUGAAUGGCUUGGGAAACGCUUUUCACUAUGCAAACCUUAGUGUCUCAGGUCUAGUUGACUGCGAAAUUGAUAGGGUAAAAAACACAGGCACAAUCAUUAAUAUCCUUUUAAUAUUCGGUUUUGGCACCUUGGGGGUGCUAGUUUUAGUUAUUAUAGGCUAUAUUUGCCUUGUCUCAGGAAAACAUGAUGAAUUUUGGAAUUAUAUUUUAAAUAAUGCCCAAUGGUUUGUUUUUAAAUUAAAGUGUGAAGCUAUGGACAGACUGGCGACUGCACAUGGAAUUGAUCAAAAUAAUAGCAGCGAAGCUGCUAUAGAUUCACAAAAACAUUUUAAUUUAACUAGAAAAGUGAAAACAAAGCUCAAUUUGCAGUAUAUAUGAAGAAUUAUGCUAUUUUUUUUAAUUGCGGCUUCUUAUUAUUUGCUUAUUUAUUGCUAUUUGUACCCGAUUUGUGAAAAUUCAAUGUUAAACCGCCCUAAGCUUCUCUAUAACUUUAUUAAUAGGCGGCAGUUAAUAGUCCGACUUUCUAUAGUGUCAAGGGAAAUAUACCAAAAAUAUAAUUACCAGGAAAUCCCAGAACUUUAUGCUUUUGAAAAUCAUGAUAUUGCCCAAGAUGAAAUGGUGGACUGGCUAAAGUUCGAGGACAAAGAAAUUCGCAAAGGGAAAUAUUUAUCAAUAAUAUCAUCUGAGCUUCAAACUAGAAUGUAUGAAAAUAUAGACUCGCCUACAAAGUCAUUAAGAGAGGGCGUCGAAGUCUCAUCAAUUGAUAUCAUAAGUGAUAUUAUCUCUUUGCCAUUUUAUAUAUAAAUUUAGGUUUUUUUGGUUCUUUUUUUAUAUUUAAAGCCAUUUUUGUAGGAAUAAAUUGUAAAAAUUAUUUUAAAAAUGUAAGGUAAAUAGAUAAUCGACCUAAAAUAUGAUAUUGAAAGCUUGAUUUAUUGGAUUUAUACAUCAAUUAUUGAUAUUAAUGAAUUUUUAAACCAAAUUGAUAUACUGCAAGAUGAGAUUAGGCAAGAAUUUUUAUUAGCUGACAGAGACUCAAUUGAUAUAAUUAAUAAGCAGUUAGAUACAAUUGUGAAUGUCACAGUUAUUUAUUCAAUAGCUGUUUGCGUGCUAUUUUUCUUCUAUUAUUUGCCAUACUUUAAUUAUCAAAUCAAAAAUUUAAAUAUGGAGUCUCAGUGCUUCUCGGUGGGCUACUCCAACUUCCUUAAAGUACAUAUUUACAUUAUAUUCAGCAAGGCUUUCCAGUUCAGAGAAUGGGCAGCUAUACUAGGUAAUUAAUCCAGUAAUAUUUAGAGACUAUCCCUAGUCCUUUUUCAGAAUUAGAUUUUACCUCAUGGGCAAAGGAGAAUCGAAAUUUUGAAAGAGAAUGUCUAGCCAAGAAGCCUAGAGGAAAUGCCUAGAUGAAUGGGGUAAAUUCUCCAGCGUGAAACCAGGAGUUACAGCUUGGGCUAGAGCUUUCUUUUUUUACCCGAUAGUCGACCAGAACCCAUUCUUGGAUUUUUUGUGGAAGCCCUUAACCCUCAGACUCAAGCAAACUUGCAGAAGUCCGAUACUACUCACUCAACACUGAAAUCGGAAACACUGUCAUACCUAGUGGAAAAAUCAUAAUCAUAAGGUAGUUGAAUCUCUCGUAUGAGAGAUCCCGGGCUUGCAUUGCAACAAGGUUGCGAUAUCUAUUAAGUUUAAGAAUUAUCAAAUCAAGCAGCUUAAAAGAUUUUCGGUUUUGCCUUCAAUUUUGCCAGUUGAGUUGGAGUAG